AUGUCUCCGCAAAAGUUUUUAAAAUUCUUUCCUGAAGUUAGGAUGGCGUUUGCUUACGGAUCCGGUGUUUUCAAGCAAAAAAGUCAUUUAGAUCCUUCAAAAAAUAUGUUGGAUUUAAUUUUAGUAACCGACAAUCCCCACAAAUGGCAUAAAAUGAAUUUAAAGAUGAACAGAAAGCAUUAUUCUUUCCUGAAGUUGUUAGGACCAAAAAUCAUUUCAGAUGUGCAAGACAAGUUUGGUGCUAAAGUCUACUAUAACACACUGGUGGAACUAGAUGGCAGGUUAAUAAAGUAUGGAGUCAUAUCUGAAGACUCCUUGAUCAAUGAUCUUUUCGACUGGGAUACUUUGUACAUCAGUGGUCGACUGCACAAACCAGUCCAACAAAUUAUUUCAAGUCCCAAUGAUAAACUACUUAACAGUGCGCUGGUCACAAACAUACACAGUGCCAUGCAUACAGCUCUCCUGCUACUUCCUGGAGAGUUUAGUGAGAUUGACUUCUACAAAACUCUUGCUGGCCUGUCCUACGGAGGAGAUUUCAGAAUGAGUCUUGGAGAGGAUAAAAAUAAAAUUGAAAAUAUUGUUAUUCCAAAUUUAGACAAGUUUAGAGAAUUAUAUGAACAUGCAAUGCUGAACAGCGGGGAGUACUUACACUGGAACAAGACAACUGCCAUCCUCGAACAAGAUUGCAGUCCCAUCUCCGUUUGUUACCACCUCAACUUACUGCCUAAACGUCUUCUCUUUGGAAUAGUAAACAGUCAGAACUAUGAUGGCAGACAUAGAGACACUGAGGAAGUCUUGAGGAGUUUGGCACACAAUCAAAUUACAUACCCUAAAACUGUGAAAUUAGAAUUGGAAAAAAUUGUAAGAUCAUCCAGUUGGAGCCAGAGUGCAAAAGGAGUGCUGACUGCAGGGCUGACCAAAUCAUUCCAAUACAGUGGCAGGAAGAUGAAGAAAUACUUCAAGUCAUUAGGAUGA